AGACAGCCCAUAAUAUUCGGCCCAUGUGACCACCGAGCCCUCAGUCUUUCACCUUCUAAGCUUUCUACUGCUCACUUUCAGCAAAAAUGGCGUUAAGUGCAGCGAUGCUACGGGCCGGCGGGACCAUCGCCGGCGUUAAAUCCGGUCUCCGACGAGUUCUUCACAUCACGGCCCGACCUUCGCCUCUAGAUAGCGUGGUUAAUCAGCCGACGGCUACAUCACCGUCGUUGGUUUUGCCUGAAAAUGAUAAUAACAACAACAGUAACAGUAACAUAGGAUAUAUGUUUCCAAAUUCACCUGUCAUUGGUGGGUCCAUGGAGCUUAUGGCUGUUCCUAAAAAGAAGGUUUCCCCUCACAAGAGAGGCAUAAGGAAUGGACCAAAGGCUCUAAAACCCAUUCCAGUGAUUAUUCGAUGCAAGGCUUGUGAUCGAGUCAAAUUGCCACAUUUCUUUUGUUGCAGUGGGAUUAAGCAGAACCAUGGUGAAGAGAACAACUCGGCCGGUUGAUCAAAUUUAAGGCAACAUCCAACAUAUCUAAAUCCUUUUCUUUCUGGUGGAAUCUUCAAUUAGAAACUCUAGGAAAAUGUCAUAUCAUACCGCAUUUUGUAACAAUAGUAUAGUCGUUGCAGCAUAUACUCAAUUGCAUGUUAAGUAGAUAGCUCUUUGGUGCUAAUUACUUUGGAAUAAAGUAAACUCAAUAGUCCUAUAAACCUAACUUGAUAAAGAAAUAAUACCAAGUCUUAGCCCUUCUUACCAAAUGCUGAGUAGCUAGCUCUAGCUUUUUGUAGGGGGUGUAAAAUUUUUAUGGAA